AAAUAAUCCGCGAGGCACUGCUACUAGCAGAUGCCGCAAAGUAAAAGCGCUCUUCGAAAAUCCACUUGGAAGUGUCAAUAUUGCGUUAAUUAUUAAUUGCUGAUUCACUGCAAACGAGUAUAUGUUCGACGUGUAUAUCAAAAAUCAACACACCCUUCUAUAGUCCAAGGUUCAAUCGAUGUUACAAUAACGUUACGUAUACAUCGAAGUGAGUGAAGAGUCAUUUCCACAUUAACUGUGUUUCGAGAUAUUACGUAUAAAUACUAGACACUAACUCUGUUGUUAAUAUCUGUGUUCAUUGAUUUAAGAAGCUUAGGAUGGCCGACCCAAAUGCUCAACCACCACCGUAUUCCCCACCCGACGCCGGCUGGUCCAAGUCAGUAAGCGAUCCAGCAUAUCCACCAGCAACCGGGAUGCAACCACCUCCACAGCAGAUGGGGUACGCUUAUCCACCCCAGGCGAACCAACCGAUGCCUGCUUAUCCACCAGCGAACAGCACAACGGUCUACUCGACCAGUAAUUCUGGAGCUGUGAGGACAGUUACGGUGCAACAAGGACCAACAACCACAAGCCAGGUGAUAGUUGUCGGUAACACAUGUCCACGAUGUCAAAUUGGCAUCCUCCAGGAAUCGUUUACGCCACUUGGCAUCUGCUGUGCUAUUUUCUUUUUCCCGUUGGGUUUGCUAUGUUGUCUGAUGAUGAGGAACCGACACUGUCCAUCAUGUGGAGCAAUUUAUCAGUGAUAAUUCACAAUCAAGACUGGAUCGGAACAGAGGCGUAGACAAUAAGAAUUAUAAUAAUAAAUUGGAUACAAUGACUUUAGCAGAGAUCUGUAUAUCCAAACUCUUGUGUACACCGCACCAAAGCUGCCAAAAUUGUAGUCAAAGUUUUGUGAAUCACCAGAAAAAAAAGAAAAACAUAUCGAAGAAAUUGCCAAUUUUAAAAUUAUAAUUGGAAGUGCUGCACAUGCAUGUCUAUGAAUACUCUUCAAAACCAGAGCCAAAACAACGCUUCAUUAUCCAGCAGCGUGACCCUGGGAAAAAUGAAAAUUACAAGAUUGAGUAAAAAAAUCACAAUAGGCCUAUAGCUUUAAAAAUUCUAAGAUUAGCAAAAUAUAUGUAUAUAUACAUACAACUUCGUUUAAAGUUAAAUCUUAAGACUCUAUCAAUGAAUUUUAUACUGAACUGUAAUUUGUACUGGAUUUUCGAGACCAUCUCGUUCUUUUUUUCAACUGAUGAUAAUUUUUGAAAUUGAGGGAAAAGAUGUCUUAUAUGAAUUAAAAUCAUAUAUAUAUAUAUACACAA